GUAGAAUCAGCCCUUUUCGACGAAUCUUAGUAUCCUAAUAUUUAAUAGUGUGAAUUCGGGUUUUUCCUGAUAAAAAUGAUAGUAGAUAUAAGUGGGUUAUCGUUAUUAUGAGUGGAGGGUACAUCAUGAACCAGCUCCGGGAGGAGCUGAGCUCCCGCUGUGUGAUUGUGUUGGGCUUCCCUCCAGCGACACUACCCGAGAAUGUCUGUGGUUUAUUUCAUUGUCUACGGGCUGAGCAAGCAGGCGGGGGACCAGCAUGGCUUGUACUGUUUCAGGAUUCACAAAUCGCAAACCAGUGGGUUACAAAUUGCAGCAAUUAUAGAGUUGCAAACCUGACUUUACACAUAACUCCUUCCUCGGGUUCUAACAUUCCUGAUGCUUGGCUUCAGGCUGAUCAACAUGGAUCAGCUACAGGCCAGAUGCCAGGAUAUCCUUCAAGUUUCCCUGGAUAUCCAGGUUACCAGGGAUAUCCCAGUCACGGUCCGCCAGUAUCCAUGCCUUCAAUUCCACAGAGCGACCAGAUGCAUUCCAAUCCGUACAACCAGCACAUGCCUGUAUCCAGUCCACCAUUUCAGUAUCCAUCUGGGGGUCCAACGAUAACAAGCCCUGGUGGUGGCUUGCCACACAAAAUUCCCCCCGGAAGUGAGCCACAGGUUAUAACCUCUGACCCCAAGUCUUCUAAGUCAUCUAUGGUUCCUACCGUGUAUCAGAAUUACCCCAGCAUGCCCAUGCCUGAGCCAGGAGCUAUGGCCCCACCCUCUUACGAGAGCCAUAAUUUCCCUCCUAAAUUGCCACCCAAGCCGUCAACCAUGAAAUCUUCUCAUCCUAUCCAAGGAGGGUACAGCAAAGAGGAACAAUCAAGUAUUCUCCGGGGAUCAGAUAUAGAGCCUGAGAGGGCAUCUGUACAAGAAACAACACCUCCUGUCUGUGACAGUAUCAAAGUAUUAAAACUACCAAGGGAUAUAACUGAUGAAUUCAUUUCCGAUUUCUUUGAAAACGAGAAAAGAAGUAGCGGAGGAUAUGUGGCUAAAGUUGACUAUGAUAAAAAGAAUAAUACAGCUAUCAUCACCUUUGAGGAUCCUAAUGUGGUGAAAAGUGUCCUGAAAAGGCAGGAAAGUUCAGCACUAGUAAUGAACAAACAGCCAAUAGAAAUUGAAGAGUAUCAUCUGCCAGCGGACAGUGAGGUUAAAGGUGAAUCAGAUGACCUUGAGGUCAGAGCAGUCAAGGUCACAAAUCUUCCACCAAAAACAAGUGAGGAUCAGAUAGAACUGUUCUUCGAGAAUUCCAGGAAAAGUGGAGGUGGAGAGGUGGAAAAAGUGGAGUUUGAUGAGGAUUCCAACAGUGCUGUUGUAUGGUUUAAAGAUGCUGAUUUGGUGAAAAGUGUCUUGCAAAAGCAGGAAAGUUCAGCGCUACUGAUAAACAAACAAGAGAUAGAAGUUGAAGAAUAUCAUCCACCAGCAGACAGUGAAAGUGAGGCUGAAUCUGACCUUGAGGAGGAAGAGGUCACUGCAGUCAAGGUCAUGAAUCUACCCCCAAAAGCAACUGAAGAACAGAUAGAAUUGUUCUUUGAGAAUCCUAGGAAAAGUGGAGGUGGAGAGGUGGAAAAAGUGGAGUUUGAUAAGGAUUCCAACAGUGCUGUUGUAUGGUUUAAAGAUCCUGAGAUUGUAGCAAGUGUUCUACAAAAACAUCAGAGCUCACCACUGAUUAUAAACAAGCAGCAGAUAGGGGUGGAGGAAUAUCGUCCCCCUCAGAAUGACAAUGAUAUCAGCUCAGAGGAGGAGGUCCAGGAGGGAGGGGCAAUAAAGGUCACUAGGCUCCCUCCAGGGACCUCAGAGGAACAAAUAAGUCUCUUCUUUGAAAAUCAUAGGAAGAGUGGAGGAGGAGAAGUGGAAAAAGUGGAGUAUGAUGAAGAUUCAAAUUGUGCUGUUGUGUGGUUCAAAGAUGCUGAUGUUGUUUCAAGUGUUCUUCAAAAAGCUCCACUUCUUUUCAAUAAAAAACAAAUUGGUGUGGAACAAGUAAGAAUGGAUGGGAAGAAAGUGGAAAAAGAAGCUGAGGAGAACACUGGCCCUUUGUGUACCAUCGAGGUUAGAGGUAUGAAAGAAACAACAUCCAUAGAUAGUGUAGAACUGUACUUUGACAACAAGAGGAAGUCAGGAGGUGGAGGUGUGGAUGAGGUCAAAGGUGAAGUGGAAGAUGGAGUCCUUUAUGUCACAUUUGAAGAUGAGGAAACUGUUGACAGAGUUCUCCAGCGAGAGCAUAGGGUAGAUGGAGCCACUUUACAAGUGAAACUUUACCAGCCACCUAAACCUGUACCGAUGUACCAAGACAGAGUACUGAUUAAAGGUUUCAAUCCAGAAACUUCAAAAGAUGGGAUUAUCAACUUCUUGGAGGCCAAAUCUGGGGAAGAUGUCAAGGAUGUGGUUUAUGGUCAAGAAGAGGGAACAGCUAUGGUUAUUUUUGAGGAAUUGAAAGAUUUUGAAAAACUUGAGGCAGCAUGCCAAAAGAAACCCUUAGAAAAAUGCUACCUAGCAGUGAGAAGAGUCCCUAUCUCUAACUGUGUUAUUGUGUCUGGAUUUGGAGAGAGCACAUCAGUGGACACACUAGAAUUCUACUUUGACAACGAGAAGCGGAGUGGAGGGGGUGGUGUCAAGGAGGCCAAGAUCAACUCUGAAGAUGGAACAUGUCUUGUGUACUUUGAAGAUCCUGCAGUCUGUGACAGGGUUUGCCAAAAAAGCCAUAGGGUUGACAACAAAAAGCUGACUGUACACACUUACCAUGAAUGUCUAGGACAGCCAUUUAACCCUGAUGAAGGUCCAAAGUUCAAACCCCUGGAACCAGUUAUUGUCAGGGAUCUUGACCUAAGGAAAAUGAAGUUUGUGUACACUUCUGAUGAGUUCAAACAAGCUUUCAACAAGCAAGCAGAACUAACUCAUGGAAGGAUAAAAUGGCCAAAGAAAGCAGCAACAGAGCUAACGGUAGAGUGCACUCUGACAAAGGAUGUAAAAGACUGUCGAAAAUUGGCUCAAAAAUGGGAGAAACAAGUGGCAGACGGCAUUAAGAAGUUGCUUGGGGUUUUGCAUGUUGAACCUGUUAGUGUUUUACAAGAGGCCUGGGAGAAAUUUUUGGAGGGAAUAAAACAAGUGAAUGUACCAGAUCCCCAGAAAGUAGGCAUUAUUCUAGAGAAAGGCAAUUACACCAUAGUCAUUGUAGGGUAUGGAAAUAUGGUGGAAGGAGUCAAACAGGAAGUUGAGAAGAUAAUAAGUACAGUGGUUGAUGAGAUCCAGAGAAAGAAACAACAGGUUACAGAAACCAUUCAGCUAAAGCAUCAUCAAUUUCUUCUCCUUACUUUUGAUCAUUUCAAGGAAGAAACAGAGAAAAAAUUCCCAGAUAUGCAAGUCAAAACAUGCAUGAAGGACAAAAGUUUCACCUUUGAAGGUCAAUACUUAGAAGUCAGUCAAGCAAAAAUAGCCCUGUUUGAAAAAUGUCAGCAGAUGUACCAAGCCUCUGCAGGAAAGUUCUCCAAAAACAGGCGAGAUUUUUUGAACAGAAAGGAUGUAAAAUCUCGUAUUGCAAAGCUGCUGAAAGACAAAGAAAACAUGAGUUGUUUUGAUUUUCAGAGGGAAGAGGUGAUGUUGUAUGCUUUCUCAGAUGACAAAGCUGUUGAGGCAGCACAUCUGAUAAAAGACAGCAUUGUGGAGUCCCCAAUUGAUGUACAGCCAGACUCAGCUUUCCUCCUAAACUCUGAUGCCUGGGAUAAGAAAGUCAGAGAGAUAGCAUCCAUGGAAAAUUUUGAGGGACUUCUUCAAUUGAUCACCCUAGCUGAUCAAAAGAAAGUUAUAAUAGUAACGAUGAAUGAAUAUGUUGGCCUGGCUAGAGAAUUCGUCGAGGACUUUCUCAGAGACAAUACAAUCAUGAGUGAUUCGAUGGAGGUUCCUCCAAGUUAUUUCAAAUUUUUGGACCUCCAUCAUAAAGACAAAUUUGAUCAAAUUUGUACAGGUUUGAAAGAGCAGCAAGUUCAGAUAACUAAAAAUAAGAACAGAAUCACAAUCAAGGGCACUAAGAUGGGUUUGGAACAAGCCAAAGGAAGAAUUGAGGAAAUGUUGAAAAAGAUUCAUUCCAAAAAACACACACUUAAAAGACCAGGCAUUGCCAAACACCUACAAAGCGAUAUUGGCAAAAGCAAGAUUUCUAAGGCCCAAAAGUUUCACAAAUGUUACAUACAAAUAGGUGACCAAGAACCCACAGAUUUUUCUAGUUCUUGGACAACAGCUUCAGGUCUCAAAGGAAAACAAUCCUCGAAUGGUGACAUUGCUGAACACAGAACUAAGGGAGGAGUUUCUAUAAAGGUCCAUUCUGGUGACCUGACCACUCUCCCUGUAGAUGUCAUUGUGAAUGCUGCUAACCCUGACCUAAAGCAUCAUGGGGGACUAGCAGGGGUCAUUGCCAAAAAAGGUGGAAAUGAAAUCCAGAGAGAAUGUUCAGAUCAUGUAGGAAGAAAUGGGAAGCUUUCUGAAGGAGACACAUUCUGUUCAGGUGCAGGGAAGCUUCCAUGUAAAAUGAUUGUUCAUGCUUGUGGACCCACUUGGAAAGGUGGAAUGAAUCAAGAAAAUGGUCGCCUGAAAAACUGUGUAGAGUCUGCACUAGAGGAAACAGAGGCAGGAAGUUACAGGUCUAUUGCAAUACCUGCAUUGUGUACAGGUAUAUUUGGAUAUCCUGUGGAUAAAGCCACAUCUGUCAUUGUGAAAGCUGUGAAAUCCUAUUUAAAAGAUAAAAAAGAGACCAGCAUCAAGGAGGUAAUCUUGUGUGAUGUUAAGACAGAGACUGUUAAAUGUUUCACAGAGGCUUUGAAGCAAGAGUACAAAGGGAAAGUGACAGUCUUCAAAAAUACAGCUGAAAGUGGGUCACCUAGAAGUUUACAGACAGAGGCACAGGGGCAUACACCAGCACAAAAUACAGAGUUUACAGCAGGACAUAUUUCAGUCAAAUUGGUGAAAGGCCAAAUAGCCAAGUCAAAGAUGGAUGUCAUUGUCAAUACGGCUUCAAAAGAUUUAAGACUGAACUAUGGAGCUGUCUCAGCCUCUAUUUCCAAAGCAGGAGGGGACUCCAUUCAACAAGAGUGUCUAAAUAAAUACCCUGAUGGAAUAAACCCGGGAGAGAUUGCAGUAACAGGCGGAGGUAACCUGGCCUGU